AUGACAUCGUUUAAGACGCAUUUUUCUGUUAUCCUAAUAAUUGCGUUGGCAUUUUGGCCCAGAGAAGGGGCUGUGAUAAAAGUGAAGUUUUUCAAUCUUGAAUGUGAAGAGUACGAUCGACCAUUUGCUACAUUUGAAAAAUGCUAUCUAAAAGCUGUGGCUCGUGAUGUUGUCAGCAUGCAGUUGCAUGUUGCAUUACAUAAAACUCCCAUCAAUAAUAUUUCGCUCCAUGCACAACUAUUCCAACGCGGUAUGGGCUAUCGACCCUUUAUGUACAAUACCACAUUGGAUUUUUGUGAAUUUCGCAAAAAGCCAACACGAAGCAUGUUUUGGAAAAUUGUCUUUGACAUGGUUUCUCCAUAUACAAAUGCUAAUCAUACAUGUCCUUAUGAUCACGAUAUCAUUAUCAAAGAUUGGAGCUUGCAGCCUGAUAUGUUUAAAUUGAUACCAUUUCCGGAAAAUGACUAUAUGGUGAUGUUACAGUUUGGAGCCUACAACAUUUACAGGGCAAAAGUAAAAGUCUAUGUGAGAAUUUUUCAGUAAAGCAAAGUAGUCGUAAGUCAUUAAUGUGAAACUCCCAUCUUAAUCAUAAUAUUGAUGUAAACUUUGUGUAGUAAAUAGCG